AUCCUUUUCUAAAUUUCUAGUCCAUUUGACAAAUCCAUACAAACCUUGAGAAAAUAAUGAACCCAACGCUCCCACAUCAACUUUAUCUUUCCACUUUUUGUCAAAAUCUUACUGACUACAUACCUAUUUUCAAUCCUUCUCUGCUGAUUGGUGUUGUAUGUAUUUAUUUAUGCAGUUCAGUGCAUAUAUAAUUAACGGAGGGCCUUACAUGUUUCUGGAAACCAAACAUAUGAUUUGAAGUACCAAGGAAGACAAUGGAUACUCAAGCAGAGAAGGUGUAUGUUGCCGUAGGGAAUGAUAUAGAAGAUGGAUUUAAGACCUUGGAGUGGACCCUAAAGAAGUGGAAUUCCAAGCCAAUUUCCAUUGUCAUUCUCCAUGUAACUCACAACAUUUCUCAGGAGUUUGUGUACACCCCAUUUGGGAAGCUCCCUGCAAGUUCUGUGAGUGAUGAGAAAUUGAAAGUUUUUAUUAAGUAUGAGCAGGAAAAGAUUGACGAGUUACUGUCCAAGUACAUAUCAUUCUGUGGCCAGGUGAAGGCUGAAUUGCUGAGAGUAGAAAAAUGUGAGCAACGAAUUCAUACAGUCGUCACAGAGUUGAUCCUUAGACACAAAAUAACCAAACUGGUUAUUGGAUUUCCAUUCCUGAAGAGUUCAUCUUGGAGAAUGAAGAGUGCGGUAAGUGGAUCAUUUUAUGUUCAUAAUCACAAGCCCGAUUUCUGCGAAUUAUUCGUAAUUUGUGGGGGAAGACGGGUUUUCCUCAGAGGGGAGAACAGUAAAGGAGUCAUAGAGGAUGAUCAAGGUGUGACGGUUGCAAAAAUCAGAGAAAAAUCCAGUUUCAAAGCUUGGCUAGCAAAAAUGUUCAAUGAAAAUCCAGCAUAUUCCCUUGAUACAAUUUCUCAUCCCUCUCUCGGAUUUUCAACAAAUCCCUACUCCACAAGCUCACAGAACCAACGGGGAAAUUGUGUCCACGAACUUGAAAACUAUUUCCAGCAUUUGUUGUCUUUGAAAAUGGAUGAAGGACUGCACAACAAUCCAAAGGAGUUGGCUACGCCCGAACAUGCGGACUCUGAUAUGAUUGCUGCAGAAGAUAUAGAGUCUAGGAAGAAAACUUUAAAGGAAGCUCAAGAGAUGAUCAAGUUGAAAAGAAAGGAAGCCAAGGCCAAUCUUGAAAGAAGCACUAAAGCACAACGGGCAAUUUCUUUAUGCAAUCGUCGGGCUGAACAACUUGAGGCAAAGAUAAAUGAAGAGGCGACGAAGCGAGAAGAGUUGAAGAAAGCAUUAGACUCCGAAAAGGAACAACUUCAUGAAGUUAUAUUGGAUACUGAAGAAAGCAAGAAUAGGCUAAGUUCACUAUUGGAGCUCCAGUUUGAACUCUCAAACAAACUUCAAAUAUCUACAUUUGCAAAAUCAAACAGUGAGGCCCAACUAGAAAAGGCGGUAAGUACCCGAGCGGAGAUGGUUAGAGAGAUUGAGGAACUACGGCAGCAGAGAGAUGUUCUUCAUCGUAGAAUCGAGUUUUGCAAAGAAAAGGAUGCAAUUGGAAUGGUCGCAAGGCUUAGCGACACGAGCUGUGGUUUCAAGGAGUACACAGCCGAGGAGAUCAGAUUGGCAACAAAUGAUUUUUCAGAGCGUUUGAGAAUUAAACCAGGAGGAGAUUGGACUAGUAUAUAUAGAGGGCGCAUCAACCAUGCCACAGUUGCAAUCAAAAUGCUCAACUCUGGUAAUGAACUCUCUAAGCAAGAUUUUCAAGCCAAGGUGACAGUCCUUGGCCACAUUCGGCAUCCAAACUUGAUCACAAUGAUUGGGUUCUGCACUGAGCUAAGGUGCAUUGUGUUCGCAUACAUGCACAAUGGUAGCUUGAGAGAUAUAUUCUUGAGGGACAUAUUGUUCUCCUCCCACCUAAGCUCGAAGACAAGAAAAAGAACCAUAGGAUGGCACGACCGCAUACGUAUUGCAUCCGAAAUCUGUUCGGGCUUGGGCUUUCUGCACAUGGCAAAGCCAAAACCGAUUGUUCACGGACGGCUUUCCUUGUCCAACAUCCUUUUGGACCGCAAUCUCGUAACAAAAAUCAGCGGUUAUGGCCUAUUACUUAGCCAUGAUGAACAAAGUGUUCGAUCCGACAUUCGUGCUUUCGGAGUUUUGAUGAUGCAUCUUUUAACUGGAAGGAACUGGUCGGGGCUAGGUCAGGCAAUGAACAUGGACCAAGCAGCUGUUAUCCGAGAUUUAGAUGACUUGGCUGGACAGUGGCCAUUGGAUCUAGCAGAGAAACUAGCAGGUUUAGCAUUGACGUGCUUGACAAGUAACCGCAGGCCUAGUAGAGAUUUGAACCUGGCAACAUUGACGGAAGAGCUUCAUGAGUUGAAGAAAAGAGCUGAUGAUUUAGUGGCAAGUGAGCGGGUGAAGGAAGAAGAUGUAAAAGCGAAAGACACGCCUGAUGUACCUAGUUUUUUCCUGUGCCCCAUUUUUCAGGAAGUGAUGAAGAAUCCACAUGCGGCAGCGGAUGGGUUUUCAUAUGAACUCGACGCCAUAGAGGAAUGGCUAAGAAUGGGGCAUGAUACAUCGCCCAUGACAAACUUAAGGCUCAAGCACACAUUUCUUACCCCUAAUCACACCCUCCGUUCCCUCAUCCAGGACUGGCAUAAUAAGAGAUUACUUCCACCCCCAUAACAUGUAUAUACUGGAUCAGAUUGAUUUAAUUUCCGUAGCAAUCAAGAAAAGAGAACUGUCAUUUCCGCCCAAGGAACAAUUAAUCAUGCAUGCUGAUAAUCAAUCCCAAGUUUCUAAUUACAGUUGUA